GCGCGAGGGGGCUGGGGCUGGGGAUGUGGUACCGGCUGCUGGCGGCGGCCGGUAGUAGAGCGGUGGCCGGGCCCCUGGUCUGGCUGUGGCGAUGUGGUGGCUCGGGAGGCGGCAGGACGGCCAAGAACAGCGCGAGGGCCCUGGGCACGGCCUGACAGUGCCUCCAGGGGAUCCACUUUCAGAAGCCGACUCUGCAGGCAAGACCGACGUUAUUUUCCCGGUGGCUGUGUUCAAAACCACCCAAAGGGUUUGAGAAAUACUUUAACAGGAGUGGAAGGAACACAAACUCCGAAACAUCAACAGCACCAAAAAAAGGGGGACUUCCCCUGGGAUGACGAGGAUUUCCGCAAUCUGGCCCUUUUGGGGGCAGGCGUUGCCAUGGGAUUUUUCUACCUCUAUUUUUGAGAUCCGGGAAGAGAGAUCACUUGGAAGCACUUUGUACAGUAUUACCUGGCCAGGGGUCUGGUGGACCGGCUGGAAGUCGUGAACAAACAAUUUGUGUGUGUUAUUCCUACCCCGGGACCUCUUCUGAGAAGCUCGUGUGAUUUAACAUUGGCAGUGUUGACACCUUCGAGCGGAACCUGGAGUUGGCUCAGUGGGAGCUGGGGAUCGAGCCCCACAACCAGGCAGCGGUGGUCUACACCAGCAAGAGUGACGGAGAAUUGAAGCAGGGAAGUAUUUGGCUAGGCAGCAUUAAAAGAGAAAACCAGUCGUGGGUGUCAUUGUUGGAGCAGAAAUUCCCUGAAGUCCCAUAGGAAGCCUUCCAUAAUUGGCCAUGCAGCAGGAUCACUGCGAGAGCCCUGUCAAAAUGCACUUUCAUCAUUUCCACCUGCCACUCCUGCAGAACUGUCGAAUUAAUGUCCAGAGCUCUUUCUUGCGAAGCCUGGUGCCCACCCUUCUCCUGGUUGGCAUUCUCCUCUAUGCUGCCAGGAGGGGCCUUAUGGGAGCCAGGCGCAGUAGACGAGGAGGGGCCUCUUCAGUGUUGGUGAGACGACAGCCAAGAUCUGAAAGGGCAGCAUCGAUGUGCGAUUUGCGGACGCAGCUGGGUGCGAAGAAGCCAAAUUGGAAAUUAUGGAAUUUGUGAAUUUCCUGAAGAAUCCCAAGCAAUAUCAGGAGUUAGGAGCACAAAUUCCAAAGGUUCUUGACAUGUUUGCAAUGGCCCGAAAAAACGCUCCAUGUGUCUUACUCAUUGAUGAGAUUGAUGCGAUUGGCAGGAAGCGAGGCCAAGGGCACUUUGGAGGCCAGAGGUUCAACUCUGCCACCAACGUCAUGGUGUUGGCUGGCACCAUCCACUGUGACAUCCUGGACCCCACCCUCAUAUGGCCUGGCCGGUUUGAUCGCCAGAUUUGCAUUGGUCUUGAGAAGAAGACCCAGGUCCUGCAGCCCAGUGAAAAGACAACUGUGGCUUACCACGAGGCCGGACACGCGCUGGUGGGCUGGUUCCUGGAGCACGUGGACCCCCUGCUGAAGGUGUCCAUCAUCCCCCGGGGCAAGGGACUUGGCUGUGCACAGUACCUGCCCCGGGAGCUGCACCUCUACACCCAGGAGCAGCUCUUCGACCACAUGUGCGUGAUGCUCGGGGGCCGGGGGCCGAGCAGCUUCAGGCAGAUCACGACUGGGGCUCAGGAUGACCUGAGGAAGGUCACCCAGAGCGCCUACGCCCAGAUUGUGCAGUUUGGGAUGAGUGAGAAGCUGGGCCAGGUGUCCUUCGACUUUCCCCGACAAGGCGAGGCCCUGGUGGAGAAGCCGUACAGCGAGGCAACCUCCCAGCUCAUUGACAAGGAGGUCUGGCAUCUCGUCAGUGCCGCCUACAAGUGCACCCUGGACCUGCUGACACAGUGUCGGGAGCAUGUGGAGAAGGUGGACCAGUGGCUGCUGGAGAAGGCAGACAUGGUGGAGCUGCUGGGCCCCCGGCGCUUCGCGGAGAAGUCUACCUAUGAGGAGUUUGUAGAGGGCAUGGGCAGCCUGGAGGAGGACACAUCCCUACCCAAGGGGCUGAAGGGUUGGAACCAGGGACAGGAGGAGGAAGACGUGGCAGCCUGUGCAGGGGGGCUCUGCGUAGCCUGUGGUGGCUGCCUGCACCUGCUGCUGGGUGGAAUUGGGGUGACUGUCACUUACCUGGCUUUGCAAAGCAGCUGCGGAAUCUCACCCAAAACAAAAUAAAACGUGACAACUGUGAAUGGGCGUUUUAGAUUAGGGUGCUCUGAGCCCACAUGCAGGGAGUGGGCAGAGGGGGUACCCUGAGUCCCUGAGCCCUCCUGCUGGAGGACAGUUGGGUCCAGGGUUAGACGGGAGAGGCCCCAGGGCUCUGGUCCCUGUGGUGCUGAGGAAAGCACGAGAGUAGCUUCAAGAGGAGCUUGCAUGGGGCAUCUUGGAGACACCAGGCCUUCCUGGGGCCUCCGUGGAGGAGUGUUGAUGUGGUCAUAAAGUCACUCGGAGCCUGGGCCCAGCACAGAAACCCUCACCAUUUGGUAGAAUUGAGAAAAGGAGAACGUCAGCCAGGUAUCAAGGGGAAGUCAGGUUUCUAAAGCAGUUGUUUGGAUUGGUAGAAGCUGAUCUGCUGAUCUGUCCUUAAAAAGGAGCCCACACCACCCACAGGUGCAUGGCUGAGGGAGGAGGUGGAGCUGUGGGGCCUCACACCUGGGUUCCCCAUCAGGGUACCCCCCCCUACCCCCGCCUGCGCCUCGGCUCUGUGGCAGCACUGCUGAGUGUGAGGGAAUUGAGUUGCUUAAAAAACCUAGCCCCUGUCCUUGGCUGGAGGUGCUUUCGCUGCAGGAUGUGUCUGAAUCAUCACUUCUGUUCCUGUGACCCCUUUUUGUUGGAGUCUUGGAGGGGGAAGCUCUGCAGGGCCCCAGCCGGCUCAGGGGUGUUUGUGGAGAGGCCAUGGUUCUGAAGCCCCAGCACGCGGCUGCCUCUGGCCCUGGUACCUGUUCGUGAACCGUUUUCCUGGGGUUGGGUAGCUCCUGAUUUUUAUUAGGAAGGCCCCUUCUGGGCUCUGAGCUCUAGGCCCUUUGGCGCCUUGAACUGAGGGAGGCUUUGCUUUUUCUUAUCUGGGGUGUGUGGGACUUGAUGAGGAUGCCCCAUGCGCUUUCUCCAGCACAUGACCUGCCUCCAGGACUCGCUGGGGUCAGCAACAGCAGGGCAGUGUCAGCCUCAGCCACUGCCUUGGGGUGGGUGGAUGCGUGUCUAGGUCACCUGGGUUGGGACCUGGGAAGACGCCCAUUUGCAGAUGUCC